AGAAUCUAAGUUCCCCUCGUCAUCACUGUUCUUCUCCAUGCGCCAGCCAAAUACCCCUCCUCCUCCCCUCUGAUCUCCCCCCAAAUCCCGCCGCGAGGACGCCUGUUCUUUCCGGGCUCCCCGAUUCCCGGUGGCGGCGGCGCGACACCAACCCGGCAUAGCCAGGCCUCCUCCCGCCGCCGGAGCCUUCCCUCGUCGAGAGGCGCCGCGCCCCCACUCGCCCUCGCCCCCCCCACUCGAACUCGACUGGCGCCGCACUGACGUGGCGCGGAGAUCCGUCUGCCCGGGCUCGCAUUGGUUCGUUCUCCCGUGGGUUUGCUGAACACUAUAUGGGAUCAUACUCGACAAGCGAAGUUCUUAAUGCUGCCGCGGUUGGGGUCCAUCACCCAGCACUCCGUUCGCACGAGCUGGAUCUGAAAGGUUCCAUGUCGGGGGAGGAGCUACCAACGACGUCAGGACUGGAGAAUGGACACCAGGCACCAUUUGUUAUUGGUGUUGCUGGAGGUGCAUCUUCAGGUAAAAGCACUGUUUGCAAAAUGAUCAUCGAUCAGCUAUGCGAUCAGCGUGUAGUUGUUGUUACUCAGGAGUCAUUUUAUUACGGACUGUCUGAUGAGGAAUUGGUCCAUGUUCAUGAUUAUAACUUUGAUCAUCCAGAUGCCUUUGAUACGGAUUUACUACUUUCUUGUAUGGAAAAAUUGAAACAUGGCAAAGCUGUUGACAUUCCAAGCUACGACUUCAAAACACAUAAGAGUGUCUUAUCUGCAAGGAAGGUUAAUCCUUCAGAUGUGAUUAUUUUGGAAGGAAUUCUACUUUUCCAUGAUUCACGUGUUCGGGAUCUAAUGAACAUGAAGAUCUUUGUUGAUACAGAUGCUGAUGUGCGAUUAACAAGGAGGAUCCGUCGUGAUACCAUUGAGAAGGGUAGAGAUAUUAUAGAUGUGUUAGAUCAGUACUCGAAGUUUGUAAAGACAGCUUUUGAAGAUUUCAUUCUCCCCACAAAGAAGUAUGCUGAUAUUAUCAUCCCACGAGGCGCAGAUAACAGUGUGGCAAUUGACCUAAUCGUUCAGCAUAUUCGCACUAAACUUGGUCAAAAUGAUCUAUGUAAAAUACACCCAAAUUUAUAUGUUAUUCAGACUACUUACCAGAUACGAGGCAUGCACACAAUAAUACGGGAUGCUGCCACGACGACACAUGAUUUCAUAUUUUAUGCUGAUCGGUUGAUUCGAUUGGUUGUCGAGCAUGGGCUUGGUCACCUUCCUUUCAGGGAAAAGCAGGUCAUCACUCCAACUGGAUCUGUUUACACUGGUGUGGAUUUCUCAAAAAGUUUAUGUGGGAUAUCAGUGAUUAGGAGUGGCGAAAGUAUGGAGAAUGCUCUGCGGGCAUGCUGUAAAGGUAUAAAGAUUGGGAAGAUUCUUAUUCACAGGGAAGGAGAUGACGGGAAACAGCUCAUCUAUCACAAUUUACCCAAAGAUAUCGCAAAAAGGCAUGUUCUGUUGCUGGACCCCAUAUUGGGAACAGGAAAUUCAGCUGUUCAAGCUAUUUCUCUUCUCUUGGAGAAGCGUGUACAAGAAGCAAAUAUUAUAUUUCUCAAUCUUAUAUCAGCUCCCCAAGGGGUGCAUGUAGUCAGUAAGAGAUUCCCAAGGGUCAAGAUUGUGACAUCAGAGAUUGAGCUUGGUCUGAAUGAUGAUUUCCGUGUCAUCCCUGGGAUGGGUGAGUUUGGGGAUAGGUACUUUGGAACAGAUGAUUAUCAGUCAUCAACGCCCUUCUUUGCCGAUGACAAAAAUCGUGUAGGGCUUUUGUGAGAAAAUUGCCCAGACAUGCCACCUCCUGCCUACGGCAUUAUUCAAAUUCUUUUGGAGAAAUUUUAUUUUUACAUUCCCAAACUCUCAGAUGCCAAUACUGUUGUGUUCACUACCGGAAAACUGUAUAUCAUGAGAAGUUCCAAACGGACAUCCACUUUGACAUAAAUGGUACAAUAUCAUAUUUUUCAUGCACCUA